AUGGCGUACGACAUGAACUAUUGCUUCCAGGUGAUGAUGCACUGCAUCAAUGACCCAGUCUUCAUUGAGACUCUGCGCAGGUUCGAGCGAGAGCACUGCCGUGAAUUUGAAGAUCAAGAGGAGAACAAAUUGUACUAUACCACAAUUCACAAUCAAUACAUGCAAUUGAUCGAGAUGUGGAUCGAGGGCCGCAUGGCACAAGUGAUUCCAGGUUUUAGCAUGGACACGUUUCUCCCCGAGCUCAAUGACUUCAUUCAAUCAGGUGCUGCCGAGCGUGGCGAUGCCAAAAAGGUCAUCGAGCUCCUGAACUCGUGGGCAGACUUCCUGUCUUUCAAGGAGAUGAUGCUGAAUUCCAGCAAAGUGAUCUUCGCUGCCAUCGAAUGA